AUGAGUGAACCAAAGCAAUCAGUUCUGUCAAUUCUUACCGAACAAUCCUGGUUCUGGGAUCCCAUGCACAACAAUGAGAUCAGGUUCUUAGCAAACGGCACUGGCCACAUAAUUUGUCGCUAUGAGACCCAAGAGUGGAUUAUGGCGGAGUUGGGCUGGAGACCCAGAAGCCCGGUCUCCCUUGAGCCAGUCACAGUGACCAACGCCGAUGGCUUUCUCAGCGAAUUCGAGAUUGAAAUCACCCUGUCUAAGCGCCAGAUUGCGAAUUCUUAUGUCCCGGCGGGUCGUCGCAUCAACGAAGCUCUACUUACCGAGAAAGCUUUUAAGCCCAAGGUUUAUAAAGUGAGAGUGGAGCGAGGGUCCUUCCUCACUCAGCAUGACAGGACAGGUGACUUGCAACGGGGGGAUCGCCCGAGAUAUGCUAUGCAGUUGGCUUUUGACACGUCCCCCUAUCCCCAGCCUGAGCAGUGGAAGGAAAUGACUAGUAGCCUUCAGGCGCAUAGGAUGUGGGAGUGGGAUGAAUUUUGCAGCCACCAACUGCCUGAGAAAGGUUUUCUGUCAGUGACUUGGUCAAAGCUCAGGGAUGCUUUUGCCUCAUAA